CACCACUUCGAGGUGUGUACUCAUAUCCUCAUACUAUUUCCAGCUUCUUGCCGUGAGUCUCUCACUCUGUUAAUCUUGCGGCGAAUUAACAGGGCUGGAUCGCUAAAGGAGCGCCGUGUGGCGGGACAGCCAACUGAUAGCUCGUUUGGGGAGGCACUGCAAGCCCCAGUUGUCCUCCUGCGGGACAUUCCAGUCAUCAGACCGAUCAGGCUAUCUCGGCGUCCGGUUGGUUUCAUUUUGGACAGUGCAAGCUGACGAAAACCUCAUGCUCUGUAUCCCCGUGGCUCAAUUCACCGGCUUCCUAGCGCAUAAAGGCAAUGGUUCCACUGGCCCGUUAACUUGUUAUGUACAUAUUACGAUGGAGGAAAGGCCCAGGACUUCCGUAAUGGCUGGUACGAUGAAGAUCAAUUUCACCGAGUCGCCCGAGGGACAUCAAGUUUUUGCGUUUGGCUCAUCUACCGAUUUGACGGCGCGAAAAGCACAGGGCGUGCCCCAAGGCCGACUCUCUCGUUCUACUUCGGGCUCUCAGAAAGGCUCAACCCCAAUUAAGGAGACUCACCCUGGCCCUCCUCGAAAAGCCACCUCGCUGCCUCUCCGCCGACGCGCUCCUCCUUUACAUCACAUCAAUGAGAUCAACGCAGCCCUCAGAAGACCUCACGGUACACCUUCAGCUACUAGAGAGACAGCUGUAGAAGCGCAUGUACGUACGAAUGGGAUAAAUGUCGAGAAAACAGAUGAGAAGGAUCUGAUGCCGGACACUGAGAACUACGACCUGUACUGCGGACCUGAUGGCUCCCUGCCCUCUGGCAAGCAAACCCUAUCUACUGCCAUGAGCGCAUCCUACAAUUCGGAUAGCGGAAUACCAGGGUCUUCGAUUGACGCUAGUGCGGGACCCAAAAGCGACUCGGAGACGUCGCUUUACCCAACUUCUGCGCAUACGUCCUGUCCUCCCCAUCGGUUUCGCAAAGAAGGCCAGCGGUUGGGUUUCGGCUCCUAUGGUAGUGUGUAUAAGAUUACAUGCAUUCAAUGCAACAGGGUGUUUGCGCGCAAAGACAUUCGUCUAAUAUCGGCGAAACGGGAGAAGCACCUAUGCGAAAUGGAUGCAGAACUCAACUGCUAUAUGACUCUGAACCACCCGCACAUACUGGAAUACGUCCAUCACGCGCGAUCCGUAGACGACCAGCUACUUCAGAUUUUUACCGAGUACUGUGAAUUUAAAGACUUGUUUACGUUCAUGAACGAAUCUCAGGGAUUUUUUCCUGACGGUUUUACCUGGCUGAUUUUGCAUGCGCUCGCUUCUGCACUGUGUCGGUGCCACCAUGGAUUGCAAACUGUUCAUGGGGAAGGCUCGCUGUACACGUACCAAGGGUUUGAAGCUCCGUGGGAACCUGUCAUUCACAGGGAUAUCAAACCGGGAAAUAUCCUUUUAGCCCGGUCCAAAGAAGAAGGUGAAGACUCGGAUAACCCGAAGAGCACCACUGGGAAGGUCCCUAAACUCGGGGAUUUUGGCGCGUCCUUUAGAUACUGUGAUGGGGGAAAGGCUCCCUCCACGGGAGCGGGGACAGAAAGGUAUUGGGCGCCGGAAAUCCGCGAUGAGAAGGAGCAACUCACUGGCCGUAUCACUGUAUGGUCCACCAAGAGCGACAUCUGGGCAGUUGGCAUGGUUCUGCACCAAAUCCUCACCGGUGACUUACCACGGAUGCCUCAACCUGAGACCUGCAAUGCCCGCAUGAUCCUGUUGAAAGAGGAACUGAACCCAAGAAAGGCAGCCCCAGAAGCGCUCGCAAAGAUUACGACUGAGUGCCUUGACCCUAAACCAGAGGGUCGCCCUACAGCGUUGCAGAUUCUGGCUGUUGCUCUCAAGUCAGACACUUCAGAGCCGGGACUGCGUCGCAGCGAGAGCUUCUGGGAGACGCUUGCUGCCGUUGCGUAUGCGAGCGAGAAUCCAAAAACGGAAUUGGUAUCCCAGACGGUGCGGUACUUCGCUACUGAAUACUUGUACCUGAUGUCAGACACGACCUUUUCGGCUAAGGAGGCUUGCCUUAUAAUGUCUCUCAUUGCCACAUUUUGUCGCGGUGGGGCAUAUGUUAGGCAUGCGAACUCGUUGUCGCGCAACUUCACUGGCGAGCUCGAGCAUGGCACGAUCUUUCACGCGCUGGCGAGCUUAAGCAGCAGAGAUAGGGAAACAUGUAAGCUUGCUUGGGAGGUCACGAAAUGGCCUUCUUCAAAGCUCCUCUCUUCGCUUGUGCUUAGGAAGACGAAAUCGGAUCUACUGCCGAGCACGCUCGCGGCACUCAGAGGAAGCACUGAGCAAGCGAUAGCUUUGUCGCAGUUGGAGGAACUCGAACGGUCCGCCGAAAGCUCCGCAGCUAUCAUCCGCGCUGAGAAAGAAACCCGCGAGAAGGCAGAAGCGCACGCGAGGAAUGAAUUCGAGUGCCUCUUCCACCUACUAACCGACGGCAACACGCGAACCUAUACAAUGCUUCAGGGCGAGUCCGCAAAAGCCAUGGUGCGAUCGGCAAGGAUAGGCUUUACUAACAUCGUUCGGAAGCUGGUUGAGAUGGGAGUAAAUCCUUCGCUGAAGUUCGGGCAGCGACAAGAAACUGCCCUACACUACUUUGCUCAUGCGGGAGAUGAAGCAUCUGUUUUGCUACUCUUGGAUCAUGGUACAGAGGUGAAUGGUCGGGAUGCGAAGAGUUGCACUCCUCUGCAUUGGGCUGCGUGGGCUGGUCAGGAGAGAAUGGUGCAGACUCUGAUUGGGAAAGGGGCAGAUGUUAACGCCGAGGAUUAUGAAGGCCGUACCCCGCUGUUUGGAGCUGCUGGAGGAGGAUAUGUCGGAGUUGUUCGCGCGCUGCUUGUUCGAGGUGCGAGCUGCAGCAUUGCGGGCGGAAAGAAGAAAGAGACGCCACUGCAGCGCGCAGAGAAGAGGAAAUUCGAGGAGAUUGUUGUUUUGUUACGGGGGAAGAUGGAGGGAAGCAAUAUCCAUUCAAAUAGUACAUCAUCCUAAGGAAUUCGAGCGUUAACUGAGAAAGCCAGGCGACCAAAGACCCCAAAC